AUGACUCGGGUUAGCAGGGCGAGUCCACCGAGUUCGCCGCAGGACACGACCAAACUGGUGGCACAAAGUGCGGAAGAACUUACCUCCUACUGUGAGCAGACUGGAUUGGGCACAGCGUGGAAGGCCUGGAGCUGCAAAGACGCCCUUUGGACGCUGCUGCUGUGGCUGCUGCUGGUCGUGGCCCGCGAUGCCUUGAGCGCUUGGGCCGUGGCCAGCGAUGGUGAAGCGUCCUUCGAGGAUUGGGGGACCUGGCGAACUCAAAGGGUGCAGGUGCCGCAUGUCGUCACUGUUCAAGUGAUGGGCGUACUGGUCGUGGCCAGCUUUUGGCAGGUCAGAACUUCCCACGCAAUGCUUUUGAUUUUGAACUGGUGGAGUGCCAAUCUCUUGACCGGCCAGGUGAGUUGCAUGGAAGCCAAGAGGGAGUGGAGGGGUGUCAGUGGUCUGUUUCGAAAGACCUCACGGACCUUUGAGCACUGCUUUGCUGCGCUGGCUUCCCUCAUUGUGAUGUUGGCCCUCUGCGCCUUAUACGAUUUGCGGCAAGGCCUGCGAGUUCGGAAUCGGACGGAUCCCCAUAAGAGAUUAUGA